CGGCUCUGGCAGGCUGGGUGGAGGGACCAGGGUGGGUGGAGGGACCAGGGUGGGUGGAGGGACCAGGAUGUGAGGCAGCAGCAGGAUGUUAGGUGGCAGCAGGCUGGGUGGAGGCUUCGAGGAAAACAUUCCACAUGGAGGGAUGCAAAUAUUGUCACCAUAUAUAAAAACAAAGGUGACAAAGCACACUGUGGAAAUCACAGGGGUAUAUCACUUCCCUCUGUUGGUGGAAAGGUCCUUGCUAAAAUAAUGCAGCGAAGAUUAACUGAUUACAUCACAGAAGAAAUGCUACCUGAAUCGCAGUGUGGUUUUCGAAAAACAGGAACACAGUUGACAUGGUCUUCACAGCCCGGCAACUUCAGGAAAAGCGCAGGGAACAAUAUCAAGAUCUUUACAUGGCAUUUCUGGAUCUCUCGAAGGCAUUUGAUACUGUGCAUAGAAAAAACCUGCUAUGGGGCAUUUUACUCCAGUUUGGAUGUCCAUUUAGGUACCUGGGUAGCAUUCUCACUGAAGAUAACACCAUUGACUGUGAGGUCCAGAGCAGAAAUAAAACAAGCUUCAGCUGCCUUUGGGAGACUACGGCGCAGAAUCUUUCAAAAUAAAAACCUCCAUCUCUGCACGAAAGUGUCUGUAUAUCAGGCUGUGUGUGUCACCACUCUCCUAUAUGGCUGUGAAUCAUGGGUCACCUAUAGGCGCCACAUUAAGAUCCUGGAACAGUUUAACAUCAGAUGUCUUCAGCGACUUUCAGGCAUAACCUGGCGUAAUCGGGUACCUCAAACGGAAAUCCUUGAGAGGACACGUUGCCAAAGCAUAGAGGCCACUAUAGCAAAAAACCAACUGCGGUGGGCGGGGCAUGUUAUCAGGAUGCCCAGUACCAGACUCCCUCGACAAAUGCUGUAUGGCCAGCUCCUCCAUGGCAGAAGAUCUGUAGGAGGGCAAAAGAAGCGAUAUAGAGACCAAUUAAAGAAUGUGAUUAAGAAAUGCAACAUAAGGCCAGAACAGCUUGAGGACCUAGCAAGUGAUAGAAACAACUGGCGACGACUCUGUCAGCAAGGGAUUGAAAGCCUGGAAUUGGAUAGAACAGCAAAGAGGCCU